GCUCGGGUCCCGUGUUGCUAGUGAAGAAAGCCUGCAGGUCUGUGCGGCUUCCGGCCCAGGCCCAGGGUGGGCUGGCGUCGCGGUGUCUGUGUGGCCGAGCCGCCGUGGGGGACGUAGGCGAGAGCAGAGAGUACCUUUUCCGGCUGUCUCUCCCAGCUUCCUUCAGUCCCCGCAGAGUCCCGACCCUUUACUCUUCUGUGUGGGCCGCACCACCUUGCACACCAGCAAACACCUCUCUCUUCAAGCCGGAGGGCUGCAGGUUAAGCCUGCGCUGGGGAGCUGUCAGCAUAUGGAAUUGGAAAAGGUUAUCUGGGAACAAAGCAGGACAAGUCUGGGCACCUGAAGGAUCUACUGCUUUCAAGUGUCUGCUCUCAGCAAGGUUAUGUGCUGCUCUCCUGAGCAACAUCUCUGACUGUGAUGAAACAUUCAACUACUGGGAACCAACACACUACCUCAUCUAUGGGAAGGGGUUUCAGACUUGGGAAUAUUCCCCAGCUUAUGCCAUUCGCUCCUAUGCUUACCUGUUGCUUCACGCCUGGCCAGCUGCAUUUCAUGCAAGAAUUUUACAAACUAAUAAGAUUCUUGUCUUUUACUUUUUACGAUGUCUGCUGGCUUUUGUGAGCUGUAUAUGUGAACUUUACUUUUACAAGGCUGUGUGCAAGAAGUUUGGGCUGCAUGUGAGUCGAAUGAUGCUAGCCUUCUUGGUUCUCAGCACUGGCAUGUUUUGCUCAUCAUCAGCAUUCCUUCCUAGCAGCUUCUGUAUGUACACUACAUUGAUAGCCAUGACUGGCUGGUAUAUGGACAAAACUUCCUUUGCUGUGCUUGGAGUAGCAGCUGGGGCUAUCUUAGGCUGGCCAUUCAGUGCAGCUCUUGGUUUACCUAUUGCCUUUGAUUUGCUGGUCAUGAAGCACAGAUGGAAGAGUUUCUUUCAUUGGUCGCUGGUUGCCCUAAUGAUCUUUCUGGUGCCUGUGGUGGUCAUUGACAGCUACUAUUACGGGAAGUUGGUGAUUGCACCACUCAACAUUGUUUUGUAUAAUGUCUUUACUCCUCACGGACCUGAUCUUUAUGGUAUAGAGCCGUGGUAUUUCUAUUUAAUUAAUGGAUUUCUGAAUUUUAAUGUAGUCUUUGCUUUGGCUCUCUUGGUCUUACCACUGACUUCUCUUAUGGAAUACCUACUGCAGAGAUUUCAUGUUCAGAAUUUAGGCCACCCAUAUUGGCUUACCUUGGCUCCAAUGUAUAUUUGGUUUAUAAUUUUCUUCAUCCAGCCUCACAAAGAGGAGAGAUUUCUUUUCCCUGUAUAUCCACUUGUAUGUCUCUGUGGUGCUGUGGCCCUUUCUGCACUUCAGAAAUGUUACCACUUCGUGUUUCAGCGAUACCGCCUGGAGCAUUAUACUGUGACAUCGAAUUGGCUGGCGUUGGGAACACUCUUCCUGUUUGGGCUCUUAUCUUUUUCUCGCUCUGUGGCACUGUUCAGAGGGUAUCAUGGGCCCCUUGAUUUGUAUCCAGAAUUUCACCGAAUUGCCACAGACCCAACCAUCCACACUGUCCCAGAAGGCCGACCUGUUAAUGUCUGUGUAGGGAAAGAGUGGUAUCGAUUUCCCAGCAGCUUCCUUCUGCCCGAUAAUUGGCAGCUUCAGUUCAUUCCAUCAGAGUUCAGAGGCCAGUUACCAAAACCAUUCGCAGAGGGACCACUGGCCACCCGGAUUGUUCCUACUGACAUGAAUGACCAGAACCUAGAGGAACCAUCCAGAUAUAUUGACAUCAAUAAAUGCCAUUAUUUAGUGGAUUUGGACACCGUGAGAGAAACACCCCGGGAGCCAAAAUACUCAUCCAAUAGAGAAGAAUGGAUCAACUUGGCCUACAGACCAUUCCUUGAUGCAUCUAGAUCUUCAAAGUUGUUGCGGGCAUUCUAUGUUCCCUUCCUGUCAGAUCAGUAUACAGUGUAUGCAAACUACACCAUCCUCAAACCCCGGAAAGGAAAGCAAAUCAGGAAGAAAAGUGGAGACCGGAGAAGAGUAGAACCAGCUUUCAGGAAGAACUGAAAAUCCUGGGACUGGAUGUCUGUGUUGAACUGUUCUACACACUCUGGCUUGGCAUCCAAGAACUAGCCUCCCUUGGGCCGUAUGAGCUUCUCCACCAAAGCUCUUUGGCAGCUCCUAGCAGACCUUCUCGUUCCAAUCCUAGUGCUGAAAACGAGCACAGCCUAAUUGCCAACCUACAUGUCCUUCUCACCUCCAGCAAGACUAAGCUUUUCUAAAGCAUGUCACAGGACCAGGACCCUGCCCUGGAGGUAUCUCAGGAAAAAGGCAACCAGUUGAGGAACUGUGGCUUAAUUUCAUUACAUAGGAUGCCUCUUGCUUUCAUCUUGUUUCCUUUACAACAAACUGUAACUAUAUGGGUUUGGGUUUUUGUUUGUUUGUUUUUUAAGUUUUAGCAUGCUGUUUCUUGAGUUCAAGACUUCCCUGUAUAAAGGUAUCAACAGACCAGACUAUAGCUGUACAGGACAUACGUGGAGAAAAUUAACUCUAUCAGUUGGUAGAUUUGGAUGACAUCACAUUUUAAAGUAAUUUAUUCUGAGGCCAUUUCUGAGGAAAUUAAGAAUCUCCCUUUUUUAAACAACCCUAGUGAAAAAGACCAGUGUAUAUUCAUGGCACCUGUUUUUGAGUAUGUCUAUUGCAAAGCUCAUCCUGCAUGGGGCACCUCUAGUCAAAUAGGCAAUGAUAAGGACUUAAUUAAAACAUAAGUAUAUACUUUACUUUGCUUUUACACACAGUAUUUCAUAGUUUACAAAGCACUUUCACAUUAUCUCAUUUGAUCCUCACAGUCAUGACGUGAGGUAGACAAAGCAAGUGGUUUUAUCCCCAUUUUACAGAUGAAGAAACUGAGACUAUGGGGCAGGGGGCAGGGGGAGGUAAGGUGACUUGCCCAAGGCCACACAGCCAAUAAGUAGUAGUGCUAGGACCAGAACCUGGGUUGCCUAACUUCUCAUCCAGUGCUGGUCCCUACUCCUCACUUGACUAUGAAAACAUUACUUGAAAGAAUGAUGAGGUUGGCCAGAGACCUAAUUGAUAACGUAACUUUCUAUUUUAAGGAAGAAUUUUAUCUGUGUUUCUGUGAGUUCUUUGGAGCCUCCAGUCUGCCUGUUGGUUAGACCAUCAUCGUGGUACUCUGGGAUGCAACCUGGCCUGUGGCAGGAAAGUAGUGCUCAUGUUUGGAAGUCAAGCUCCUUUGCAGCCACACAGGAUCCAAUACCAGUUCCAUUCCUAUAGUCAAUCUGGGGUCACAUUAUAGUGCCUUAUUUCCCUAAGGGUGAUUGUGUCUAGUAUCUGCAAAUAGGAUGCAUUCAUUUUUCAGAGUUUCCAUCUUUCAUUUUUCAAAGAGAAGGGAUUUUCAGUAGGAACUGAUUCCAAGAGAGGGGAAGUGACAAGGGAAGAAAUGGCUAGUUACCAUAUAAAGAGUCUUCUCAUUCAGAUCCCCUCUAAAGGAAUAUCUGGGGAGGGGUUGAAGAAUUGUGAGUCAGUAGGUCUAGAUAGCAUAGAACAAUGAUAACUGGAGAGUGAAGAUAAACUGGGGUCCCACUCGCUGCUUUAAAGAUUUUUGUAUUUAAUUUUCAAUACUUGAUUACUGUUUCCCAAGGCAAAUAUUGGCACAUGUGGUCUGACUAUAGGAUGGAGAAUUUUUAGUGAAAUAUCUUGCCAUACCUGCAGUAAUAGUGCACUGUCCUUCACAGUGGCUAGAGCUCUCUUUUUUUUUUUGCCGAGGUAAAUGAGAGAGUACAGUAAUGGAGGUCCAUGGUGAGUGGCUUUUUUCUAAUCAAAGUGGUACAGUGCUGAUCCAUUUUAUCAUGUUGCAUGUUAAAAAAAAAAAGCCUUCUGAGCAAGAACUUACUGUAAUAU